AUGAUGAUUUCAACGGUGCCUUCAAUAGUUUCUGGUCUGCGUAGAUCGUUGAACCCCAAAGCAUUCCGGAUUCCAAACGUUUACAAAAUUUAUGGCUCAACUUUCAAUGCCAAGUUUCAUUCGACCCCGAUCCAGAAACAGGAGGCUGGCUCGUCACCUAAAAAAAUCACAAGUAAUGAAUCACUUCACGAAUACGGAAAACACCUCCUUUCUAUGCUACCCAGAUUUAUACAACAAUACUCGGUCUAUAAGGAUGAACUAACACUAUAUGUUGCUCCGAGUGGAAUAAUUCCAGUGAUGACCUUUCUCCGAGAUCACACCGGAGCUCAAUUUAAACAGGUUCAGGAUAUUUGUGGAGUAGAUUAUCCCUCAAGGUCAAAACGUUUUGAGGUAGUUUACAACAUGUUGAGCCUUCGAUAUAAUGCGAGAAUUCGUGUCAAAACAUAUGCCGAUGAGGUAUCUCAUGUACCCUCGAUAGUUAGCUUAUUUAAUGGUGCAAAUUGGUUUGAGAGGGAAGUGUACGAUAUGUAUGGCGUGUUUUUCACCGAUCAUCCUGAUUUAAGAAGAAUCCUAACGGACUAUGGGUUCGAAGGACAUCCACUUAGAAAAGAUUUUCCGUUGACAGGUUUUGUUGAGGUUAGAUAUGACGAGGAGAAAAAACGUGUCGUUGCCGAACCAUUAGAAUUAACUCAAGCAUUCAGAAAUUUUGAAGGGGCGGCAUCUCCAUGGGAACAAACGGGUCCCGGACGUGAUGAAAGGCCCGAAGCAUUUAAACUAGAAAACCUUCUUCCCAAACCGCAAGAAUCGGAAAAGAAAUAA